GGAUCCAAAAGUCUUGCCUCAUGAAGUUCCACUGCCUCCAAGCCCUCCAACUCCUGAGUAUGUGCUUCACAUGGGAGACGCUCAUGAGAAGAAGUACCCAGAUUUUUCUGACAAAUGGCUUCCUUCUCUAGAUGAUGAAGGUCAUAAUUUGAUGCCCCUCAGCCUCCUGGUUCAGAUUCCACUGCCUCUAAGUCCUGCGCGUUUUGAUAACAUGUCGGGCAUGGGAGACGCUCAUGAGAAGAUUUUGAAAAACAUUGUGUUUCAUUAUGUGGAUGAGGACACUGAUCCAAAGCAUCCCAACCUGUUGCCUCAUGAAGUUCCACUGCCUCCAAGUCCUCACCUUGCUGACAAUGUGUUGAACAUGUGGAACACUCAUGAGAAGAAGUACCCAGAUUUAACAAACAUCAGGUUUCCUUGUCUGGAUGAUGAACCUGCUGAUGCUCCACUUCCCAUGGGAGAGACUCUCCAUAAGAAAUACCCAGAUUUAACAAACAUCAGGUUUCCUUGUCUGGAUGACGUCCCUGUUGAGGCUGUGCUUUUCACUCGACAUCAUGAGAAGAAAUACCCAGAUUUAACAAACAUCAGGUUUCCUUGUCUGGAUGAUGACCCUGCCGAUGAUCUGCUUCACAUGGGAGACACUCUCAAAAAGAAAUACCCAGAUUUAACAAACAUUGUGUUUUCUUGUCGUGACAACAAACCUAUGGAGGUUAUGCCUUACAUUGGAGACACACGUGAGACGAAAUACCCAGGUUCAACAAACAUUGUGUUUUCUCGUCUUGACAACGAACCUAUGGAGGUUAUGUCUUACAUUGGAGACACACGUGAGAAGAAAUACCCAGGUUCAACAAACAUUGUGUUUUCUCGUCUUGACAACAAACCUAUGGAGGUUAUGCCUUACAUUGGAGACACACGUGAGACGAAAUACCCAGGUUCAACAAACAUUGUGUUUUCUCGUCUUGACAACGAACCUAUGGAGGUUAUGUCUUACAUUGGAGACACACGUGAGAAGAAAUACCCAGGUUCAACAAACAUUGGGUUUUCUCGUCUAGACAACGAACCUAUGGAGGUUAUGUCUUACAUUGAGGACACACGUGAGAAGAAAUACCCAGGUUCAACAAACAUUGGGUUUUCUUGUCUUGACGACGAACCUAUGGAGGUUAUGUCUUACAUUGGAGACACACGUGAGACGAAAUACCCAGAUUCAACAAACAUUGUGUUUUCUUGUUCUGGCGACGAACCUAUGGAGGUUAUGCCUUACAUUGGAGACACACGUGAGAAGAAAUACCCAAAUUUAACCUUGUCUGGAUGAGUAAGUGUCUGAUUUG